UUAGAUGACGCGGACGUGUGUCUUAUUGAGUGGAGCGGAGCGGAGUGCUGUGCUGAGGGCGAGCUGGGGGGGAGAAGAGAACGCAACGGCAAUGGCAAUGGCAAUGGCAAUGGAAUAACUUUAACUACCCUUACCAGCCUUAGCCUUGAUGACGACGACGAUUCUUCUCUCUUCUCUGAUUCCUUCCACCACCUGGAGCUGGAGGUGGAGGCCCAGUUCCUCUUCCUCCUGCAAAUGCAAAUGCAAUUGCAAUUGCAAUUACCCCCACAAUAGUCGCCCCCUCAACCUCAAAGUCAAAGCGGCUGCUUCAGCUCUGCUGCAGCCACCGACCUCGACCUCAACCUCAACCUCUAGCUCAAAACCGACUCCUUUCCCCGCUCUCCUCUCUCUCGCCCUCGCCCUCACCUUGAGCUCCAGCUCUCCCCUGCCUUCUCUGGCCAUCCCUUCUCUUAGCUUUCAGCCCUCCCCUCCCCUUCCCACCACUCCCUUCUCCCAGUCCAAGAAUCAGCCCCUCGGCCUCCAAGAUGAUGGGAAGAUCCGACCUUGCCCGUCUACGAACCCCGGUUGCGUAUCCACAAAUCCAAAGUCGUCGUCUUUCGCAUUCCCAUGGAGAAUCCCUGACACUUCCACCGGAGAUGCCGUCCAGAAACUAAAAGAAGCUAUCUUGAAAACUCAAAAGAAUCCGAAUAUCGAGGUUGCUGAAGAUACCCCGUACGGCCAAUACUUGCGAGCUGAAGUUGAUGGAGGAUUUGGCAGAGAUGUGUUGGAGUUCUUGGUGAGAGGAGAUGUGGUUGCUUAUAGGACUAUGGCCACAAAAGUGACCUAUGUUUACCCAUUCACUACUGCUUUAGGUGACUCUAAGGGUCAAGAAGAACGAAUGAAGAAAAUCAUGGAUGAGCUGGGCUGGUAUGCUCCUAGCUUUGAUUCCAUGGAUUGAGGCUGCAGCCAGUUCACUGAAACUUGUAGUCAAUAGAUAGAUGAAAUUCAUCGGCUUGUUGUCCUGUAUGUCCAUUGCCUGCAACUGCUUCUGCUACACACACUGUUGAGCUACGCACGCUUGCUUUGUAUGAGGGCCAGCUUGUUGCUGUGCAGUCGCUUGCAAUUCAUAGUGUGCAAAGGCCUCACUUUCUUGUCUCUUGCUAUUCCUCUACGUGAGUGGUUAUAAUAUAAUAUUUGAUUUCUAUUCUA